GGCCUAACAUCCGACUUGACUAAAACUGCUGGCUGUAGGCCUAGGGUUUUUUCCUUCAUUUUUCCACUAGUAUCGAUACCAAGCAGUCUUCAGCGCGUUUUAGAUAGAGUGAACCACUGAACAGGAUACCGACAACAUGAACAGUGUUUACUUCUGAAUUAAGCUGUUUUUUUUUUUGUGUAAUAUAAAUGAAUCUCAUUUAAAUUUUGAGAUGGUUUUAAAAAAAGAUGUGUUAAGUUCAAGUGAAUUUUCUGAAAACAUGGAAUCUUAUAAUACUCGUUCAAUAGUAGUGGAUUAUAUCAAACACCGUGUAGCGAGGGAAGGCUUUCAGUGGGAGAAUGAUGGCCGACAAAGUAGUGUUACUCCCAAUGCUGUCCAAGCGGCAAUGCGGAGUCUUGGCGAUGAAUUUGAGGAGCGAUUUAGAAAUAGAUUCAAUGAUAUGAUUGAACAACUUAAUAUUACUGAUAACAACGCUUAUGAUACUUUUAAAACAAUAGUUGAUGAAACCUUCUCUGAUGGUGUUAACUGGGGGAGGUUUGUGGCGCUUUUCGGCUUCGCUGGACGCUUUGCGGUAUAUUGUUUCGUACAUAAUAAAAGCCAUUUGGUGGAUAAUGUUGUUGAAUGGGUUACUUCAUAUAUCGACACUAACUUACAAGAAUGGAUGACGUCUAAUAAUAAAUGGCAAGGUCUGCUUGAGUUUCAUUCACGAACUGAAAGUCCGAGAGAUUGGCCAUCUUUUAAAACAUUACUUAAAUGGUCUGUGGCAGGACUUGGUGCAAUCACACUGGGAGCAUUUCUUGCACAAAAAUCAUAAUUUUAUAAUCAUUUGUUAUGGUGACUGCUACAAUUUAGACAUACACAAAAUUAUAUCACAUUUCUACUCUUAAGCCAUAUCCUUACUGAUUUGCUUGAAAAGAUGUUUUCAUUUUAAAACAUCAAUAUUUCAUGGGAUAGGUGGACACAGUUCUCUUAAGUCUGGAUACUAUUAUUACAAAAACCCUUCAUGGUCAUAAAAUGACAGAUAAUACUGUCCAGGGAACAACAUAGAGCAUGCUAGUUAUAGCAUUCCUUUUUCUGGAUUGCCAGUGAUGUCACUAGAUAGGGUAUGUGAUCAGAUAUUGCUAGUUACAUUAACCAGAUAGUAAAUUACUUAUUUUAUGUUGUAGAGUGUUAUAUAAUGCUAUUGCUUGUUGGGAAACAUCAAUAAAUUUAGUGUUAUUCUAGUGAUCAAUGAUAAGUUAAGUAAUGGCUGCAGGUUACUCUAAAAAAAAAGCUUAAGUAAUUAUUAAUCUAUCAUUUGUUUAAAUGCUGUGAAUGAUAGAUUCAUGGUGAUAUUCUAAGAAUGAAUACCAACACCAAUGUUAUAUCAUUUUAAUUUUCUUUAUAUAAAAAUAAAUUUUCCUGUUGAUCCCAUCUUUUGCAUUAGGUUAAAUGUGAACUGCACGUACAAUUUAGCUGCAUAACAUUUUAUGAUUUGUGAAAUUAAUAGAUAGUUACAGUAAUCAUUAAUAUUAGUUAACUUUAAGGUAUUUUUUAUGCUGCAAAGUACAUAUGCAGAGUUACUGAAACAGUUGUGCACAUUAUUUAAAUUUUUUUUCUGUGAUUUUAUUAUUUGUAUAUAUUACAUUAAUUCCAUCAUGUAUACCAACACCAGUUUUACUAAAAAGAGUUUUUCACUAUUUUGAAACAGUUAGCCCAACUAAAUACAUAAAUCAAUUUAUGAACCCUAAUAGAUGAAACUCAACAAUUUUAUAAUUUCUUAGCAAAUCUAGUUUGUUUUAUCUUUACUUAACCUUUAUGGCUGCAAUUUUAAAUUUGUAUUAACAGUUUAAAAAAUGUUUUUAAUUUUCAUUACAAUUAUGUAAGAAAGUCUAAUGUUUGUUUCAAAUGUGGAGAUUUAUUAAUGCUAGAAGGCAUAUUUAAAUAGAGCUGUGAUUUGGAGGCCAUUUAAAAACUAUAACAAUUUACUAUUUUGCAAGUGAAUACAUUUCUGGCAUACUAUAUUUAAGGAAAUUACAAGAAAUGAAUACCUCAUUUGCAUUUGAAUCUAAACUAUAAGUAGAAUACAUUGAAAUAUGACUGAAAACAGAUAUGAUAACAAAAUUUGUAUUUUAGGAAUAAAUCUUUAUAACAUAACUGGCCUGCCAGGAUACAUUGUAAUACAUCGCACUGCUUCAAUGUACCUGUUAAACUAUAAUAAUAAUUUAUUUGACUUAAAAUUACAAAUGUUUUCAUAAUUAACUUGUUUAGUCCAUGUUGGCCACGAUAUACUGUCUCUACCUCUUAUCUCUAAGCUAAAUGUUAUCUAAUCGUUUAAAAUAUUUUACUUUAUUUUGUCAGUCGCUAUCAUAAAAAGUGAAUUGGUGUUGUAAUUCAUCUCAGUAUUCUUCUUUUUUGUAAAUUCUAAGCAUUAAAUUUACAUAGGUGUUUUUGCUUGAGUGGAUAAAAAACAAAGAAGCUGUAUUCAUUUUGCUGUCAAAUUUUUGUUUACUUAAUGCUGUCAAUUUCUUGAGUUUUCAAGUUCAGACAUUUCUGGAAUUAGUAAAUUGCUUGAAAAGUGCUGUAAUUUCAUGUUGUUAUACUUUCUGUACAUGUUAUGCCGGUGAAUCCAGUGCCGGUUUCUUUUGUAUACAGAAUCCAAGUUUAAAAUUUAGUUAAUUCUCAUUUGAAAAAUAACAUGACCACUCAUUAAACAGUUUAGUUUAUAUAAGUGAACUAUGUUUUUAUAGCUUUGUCUAGAGACCAAUUUGUUUAUACUCCACAUAAAUUAUGCAGAUGUAAGUUUACCAAAGAAUGUAUUGCUGUUCUAUUUAUAAAAUGGUAUAUUACUUAUCAUCUGCUGUACACAUUUCUCGUCAUGUUAGUAGUCUUUCAUAAGUUUACAGUUGUAGGUUAAGGAUCCUCAUGAAUGUUAAGCCAUGUAUUUGAAUUAGACUGUUUAAUUGGAGACCCUAGUGCUGGUAGUAGUGAAGUCACACAAGGAGUUAUUUUUAUAGAAUUUUUUAUUUUGUUUGUAAAAUAUUCUCCUGGGAAAAUGUCUUUAAUCAUACAUGUUAAGAUUUAGGAAUAUAACAUCAUGGCUAAAUGUAGAUCUAAAUGCAAAUGUGACAUUGAUAUUUUUAGCACUAUGGUCAUCAGUUAAAACUAAACAGUUGACUGUGCAAUAUAUAUGUCCAUUAAUACUGUAUUAUUCUUUAUAAGCUGACAUCUAUCUUGUUCGUAUUUUUAAAAAAAAAUGUCUGGUUUAAGUUAAAUUCUUCAUACUCUGAAGAAAAGAAGAUAUAGUUUGGAUAAACAUGAGAUAACUUAUGAAUACAACUUUCUCAUAAGAAGUCUCACAAGCAUGUCAGCAAUGUGACAAUCCUUUAGACCAGUACAUAUCAUUAACAAUAUAACCUACUUUAAAUGUUUCUUUAAUGUCUUAAAACUAAAAAUUUUCAAUCUGUAUAUGGAACUGUAAAAAUUAAUAAAUUAUUUAAAAAAGAG